CAUGAGGCAAAGAUCCACUCCCUGACAGAGUACAUGCAGAACAUAGAGCUGAAGAAGAGACAGCUGGAGGAUAACUACGACUCUCUGAGUGAAGAGCUGGCUAAACUACAAGCACAAGGUAAAACUCCUGGCCCACCUGACUAUAGAACACACUAUACACCCUGACAACACAGUAUAACUAUGACUCUCUGAGUGAAGAGCUGGCCAAACUCCAUGCCGAAGGUACAUUAGUCAUCCCGAUGGCUACAACAUAGUACAGAGCAGAGUGUUAAACUGAGUUUUAAACUGCAGGUGCAAAGUAAAACUUCUGGCCCAGGGUACAUGACUCAAUGACUCACUCUACAAUUAGUGCAACACUGUGUAUGCAUUCCAGCGAAGGUGAAAUGACCAGUGAAAUGACAGUAAAGUGACUAGCUAUUCAGGCGUACUCUGAAAUGCAAAUAUUUGUGUGUGUUUCAGAGAGCAUGUCAGAGGUGACAAAGGGAGAGAACCAGACGGACAUCAAGGAGUCUGCUGAUGUUAAGGUAACUAUGGUUACUGACUGUGGGAAAGGGGGGGGGAAUGAUGCAAUUAGCAUUAAUCAAAUAGCUGUAUUUUUUAUGAGUGUGUGUGCAUUAAUCAUUGUGUGUAUUAAACGUUGUGUUUGUGUGUGUGUGUGUGUGUGUGUGUGUGUGUGCGUGUGUUUCUCCCUGUGUGUGUGUGUGUGAGUGCUAACUGUCUCUCUCCCUGUCUCAGAGGGCUAUGGAGCAGCAAAUGGAGUCUCACCGUGAGACACACCACAAGCAGCUGGGACGUCUCCGAGACGAGAUCAAUGAGAAACAGAAGAUCAUUGACGACCUCACUGAGUCAGUACCUCUCUCCCCUCCAUAACCCUCUAUCCCCCUCUCCCACUCUCCUCCUAUGUCCGUUUGUCACUCUCUCACCCUUCAUCUCCCUUUCACAGAGUAAGGACCUUCCUCUCCUCCUCAUCUUCCUCUCUCGCUCCCUUUCCCUCUCCUCCUCUUCCUCUCCCCCUCUCCCCCUUCGACCCCCUCUCAUUGUCAUUCUCUACUCUACCUCACAGUGUCACCUCGCAACAUAGCCUGCAGCUGUACUGCUGUGUGUGACGACCUCAGUGAAUCAGUACCUUCACCUCCUUCUUACUGUCAGUCUCUAACCUUGUCAUGCUCUGUCAUGCUAUGCAUCUGUACCGCUGUCCUCUCUCCCCCUCCUCCUCUCUCCCUCUCUGCUCCCUCACUUCAUCUCCCUCUCAUUGUCAUUCUACCUACCCUACCUCACAACGUUACUUCCAUCUGUACAUUUCUGUACUAGUGUGAGGGUCACGAAGAUCAUUGACAACCUCACUGAGCCAGUACCGACCUCUCCCUCUCUCUCCCCUUCUCUCUCCCUCUCUCGCCCCUUCUCUCUCCCUUCAUCUCCCUCUCUUUGUCAUGCUCACAGUGCUACCUCAGUCACAAUAUAGCAGCUGUACUGCUGUGUGACGACCUCCCUGUCAGUACCUUUAUUUCGUCCUACUUGUUAUUCUUUACCCUACCUGUUAUCCAGACAACAUAGCAUCUGCCUGCAUAUUUUUAACACGCCGUGAAGCAUUUUGAGCACCACAUGUUGAAGAAUCACCUAUAGAAUCUCUAAAUGUCUACCCAGAAUCUCAGCCUCAAGUUUGAUCUUUUAUACGUUCCUAUCCCAUUUUAUUAUAAGACCAUAGCAAGUGCAUAUCUAUUGCAUAAAUGUAUAUAUUCAUUAUAUACACUUUAGAUAUAAAAUCCAGUAUUGUGUCCCAUUUAUGACCAUUUCAUGACCAUUAUGGCCAUAAAAUGGGAAGUAAAUGUAUUUAAAAUGUUGUAAAGUUAACCCCCUAGAAGUCUAUUAACAUCAGACUGUUCCUCACAGCAUCUACUCUCUCUGUCAUUGCCCUCUCUCCACCCUCCUCUUCACCCUCCUCUCCUGUCCAUCAGUCAUAACCAGAAUCAUUUUCCUUGAGCCAACAUUUGUCAUAAAAUGGGAACUAAACGUAUGACAUUUGUGGUAAAGUUAACCCCCUGGUGAUCUAGACUAGGAAGGCUACACCAAACUGUUUCUCAUGUAUUGUCCUCCUUCCUCUUCUGUCCUGAUCAGUCGCAACCAUCGUCUUCAUCUGGAGUUGGAGCUGCUGAGGAGCGACUUUGACCGUCUUAGGAGUCAGGAGCACCACAAGACACUGCAACUGGAGGAGCUGACGUAAGUCACACACACACACACCGUCUCAGGAGACCCUGCAAUUCACUCCCUACACUCUUAGAAAAAAAGGUGCUAAGUAGAACCAUAUAGGGUUCUUCGGUUUGUCCCCAUAGGCAAACCCUUUUAUUGUGCUAGGUAGAACCAUUUGGAGAUUGUUCUUCCUAAAACCCUCUAUGAAGGGUUAUUCAUAGAACCCUCUAUAAAGGGUCUACCUAGAACCCUCUACAGACGUAGGAUCUUAUUUUAAGCCAGUUUGCUACAGCAGGAAAAUAAUCCUAUAGCCACAGGAAAUAGGAAUUGUUAUGUGGAUUAUAAUGAAUGGACAUUUUUUCUUAGGGUUGAUACAUUUUUCGGUAGGGCAAAUCAAGUCUGACAUUUUGAAGUGGAAAUCCUUAUGAAGUUACAAACAUUAGAAGCCUUUUUAAACCUUGUUUGCAUUUCCUGCUGUGCAGGAAAAGUCUCAGUAAUAAAAUAGUGUUCAAAUUAAGAUCCUACAUCUGUUCUUCCCAGAACCCUCCAUGAACGAUUCUACCAGCUUUAUUUGCAUAUUUAUGAUAAUACUGUACAUAUAUCAUUUCAGGGCCUAGUUAUACCCUAACACAGUGGUCAGAAACUCCUGGUUUACAGGCCAUGUCAGGCCUGCAAGUCCAUUAUGCUGACUUGCAAAGUGAUGUGUAAUUCCGAUUGGAAUCCAGCCAGAGUGAGGAUAUCCAACAAUAGACCCUUUGCUAAGACCCGCCCCAGAAUUUUGGGCAACCAACAGCAGCGCUCCAAUGUAUAGCAACUUUCGUCAAGUCCGACACCUUGGACAAGCUCCCAUUUGAAACACAUGAAAGCAGUGGGAAAUACGGAUAGUUCUCUUUUUUUAAAUAGUGGCGCAGCGGUCUAAGGCACUGCAUCGCAGUACUAGAGGUGUCACUACAGACCCGGAUUCGAUCCCGCGACCGUGAGACCCAUGAGGCGGCGCACAAUUGGCCCAGCGUCGUCCGGAGGACGCAUGGCUCUCGACUCCCAUACGGGAGUUGCAGCGAUGGGACAAGACUGUAACUACCAAUUGGAUAUCACGAAAUUGGGCAGAAAAAGGGGUAAAAAGUACAGAAAAUUAAAUAGAAAAUAAGGUAAAAAUGAAAAAAUAAAUAGUGAACAGCUUGUGGCUGGGGUGUGUGGGGUCCUUGAUGAUGCUUCUGGCCUUCUUCGGCACCGUUUAGAGUAAACGUCGUGGAUGGGUGGGUGCAUGGUCCCAGUGAUGUACUGGGCCAUCUUCACCACCUGCUGGAGGGCCUUGCGGUCGUGGACGGAGCAAUUCCCGUACCAGGCUGUGAUGCAACCAGUCAGGAUGCUCUUGAUAGUGAAUCGGUAGUAUUUGGAGAGGACUUGGGGUGCCAUGCCGAAGUUCUUCAGCCGCCUUAGGAAGUAGAGACGCUGUUGCGCCCUCUUGACAAAAGUGGUGGUAUUGUUGUUCCCUGUCAAGUCCUCGGUGAUGUGGACACCGAGGACCUUAAAACUGCUGAGAUUCUCCACUGCAGUGGAUCAGGGCAUGUUCCCUCCUCUGCUUCCUGAAGUCAACAAUCAACUCCUUUGUUUUGCUGACGUUGAGGGAGCAAUGCCAGUUCACUUACCUCCUCCAUAUAGGCUGACACAACACUCUCUCAUUGGUGCGCUAACACUAAGUCAUAGGUGCACUCUUAGAAAAAAAGGUGUUAAGUAGAACCAUACAGGUUUCUUUGGUUAGUCCCCAUAGGGGAACCAUUUUUGGUGCUGGGUAGAAACCUUUGUAGAGGCUUCUAUCUAGAACCCUAUAUGUAAGGUUCUUCAAAGAACCCCCUGUAUAUGGUUCUACCUAGAACGCUCUAGGAAGGGUUCUGCCUAGAACCCUAUAUGAAGGGUUCUACCAAGAACCAUGUUAUCAUCUAAAAGUUCUUCCUUCAACCGUUCUUCUAUCGAGAACCCUUUUAUUUUUGGAGGUUUCUUCCUAGAACCCUCUAUGAACGGGUAGAACCCACCAUCCUUAUUUGCCUUUAAAAUGUAAUUAUUUAUGACAAUACAUUACAUAUAUCAUAAGGCCUUUCAUUGAGGGUGUAGUUAUACCCUACACAGUGGUAUUAGGACUCUCCUGGUUUACAGGCUACAUCAGGCCUGCAAGUCACAUUAUGCUGGCUUGCAAAGUGAUGUGUAAUUCCUAUUGGAAUCCAGACAGAGUUAGGAUAGCCAACAAGGGGAAUUGUUAAUCACCCGCAACCUGCAUUCAGAUUGACUACUAGGGUAGGGAAGAUUAAAUACUGACACUACCUUAAUCAUCUAAACUGAAACAACCAUCUCAGUAACAGGUGCAACACAUCCAAUUGCUAACAGAUUGGAUUAGUUUAGAAAACUAACAGAUUAGAUGAGUUUAGAAAACAGUAUGUUAUUUAUCUUUGUGUAGCAUAAUAUUAAUCAACCAGUCAAAACCACAGAUAUUACAGUAAAACAAACAAUUCAGAAAAUCUCCCUGCAAUAGAGCAUGCUGGGAAAUAUUAUAUAUGGUUCUAUGUAGAACCCUUCUUGCCUUUCAAAUAACUUUCUUCCAAAAACGGUUCUUAGGAUGUUAAAGGUUCUAGUUAGAACCUUGUCUUCCAAAAAGGGUUCUUAUAAUCAAAAUUGUUCUUGGUAGAACCCUAUCCCUCUGCAGAUAACCCUUUUGGAACCCUUUUUUCUAAAAGUGUAGGCUGACAGCAGCUAUAACCAAUCACACUUAACUCUGGUUAUUAACACCAAUACUGGGGUUACACCACUGAGUGUUAAUUGAACUCUUUACAGAGUUAAUUCAACUCCUGAAUCAACACUAGUUAACACUGGCCAAUUUGCUGUGUACCAUACAAUACACUGUAAAAACGGUAUUUAGGAUCAAAAGUUCAAGGUUGAACCCUCGUCUUACAAAAAGGGUUCUUCAGAUGAAAACGGUUAUUGGUAGAACCCUAUCCCUACGCAAAUAACCCUUUUUUCUAAGAGUGUACCCCACAGCCUUAGUCCUAAAAGGCCUUUCACUUGACAUAGGCAAGCCGGGCACAGCCGGUUGGUUCACUCUGCACCUCUCAAGUGAAACACUCUUAACCCUUCGAUGUUUGCAGAGCUCCCAACACAUUGCUUCCACCUUACAGAUCAGUAAACAUUGAAGGGUUAGGGCCAGGGGGGUAGGGAGUGAAUUGAGGCCAGCUGUUUGUUUAUUUACCAUUCUGACUGACCACCAAGAACCCUUAACAUUUAGCUGACUGAACAUAAUCUGGGCCACACACGCACACACACAAAGUAAACAAACAAAACAUGCUCUGGGCUAAACACACUCUAUAAAGACUGUGUGGUAGCAGCCAAAACAUAAACUUGUGUUUAUAAUGCAUCGGCCUACAUUAUAUAUUGUCUAUAAACACAGAAAAAAAUGACGUUAUUAAUGUGUUACUGAAUGUGAUUGAUGUAUGUAUGUAUUUGCUCUUUCCCCGUUUUGCCAGAUUUCUUCAUGAGCGCCACGAGCAGUCUAAACAGGACCUUAAAGGACUGGAGGAGACUGUGGUGAGUAUCUAUCUUCCUCCCUCCCUCACUCCCGCUCUCCCUCUCUCCCUCUCUCUGUCUCACUUUCUCUCUCGCUGACAUUCAAUUGAAUCCACUGUAGGAGAAGUUGAUCACGAUUCACUAAUGCACCUCCUCUUUCUCCAUCUUUCUGUCACUUUGCCCACACUUUGUGCCCACCUCUUGUUUUGCUCGCUCUCUCUCUCGCUCCCUUCCUGUCUUUUUCACUCUCUUUAUUCCACAGGCUCGUGAACUCCAGACCCUCCACAACCUGCGGAAGCUUUUUGUUCAAGACCUCACGACUCGAGUCAAAAGGGUAAGUGAGUAAAGGACGAAGACAAAGAGAGGGAGUGAAGGAGGGAGAGGAGGAGGACUGAAGAAGAUAACUUCUAAAUCAGUGGUCACCAAUCUUUUCUGAGUCAAGAUCACUUUCUGAGUAAAAAUGCAAGCCGAGAUCUACCGCUCAGAUUUGUUUUUAAACAUGACUUAAACAACGUAAGCCUAUGCAACAUUAACCAAUUAUAAACAGUCCUGUAGCAAUGAGGUUUGUGCAGUAAGCUAUAGGACCAAUACAUUAUUUCUGCAUAUUGGCUAUGCUUGAAUUGCCCUGCCAAAAAGUUUUAAUGUUGGAUAGCCCUAUUUGGUAAAAGACCAAGUCCAUAUUAUGGCAAGAACAGCUCAAAUAAGCAAAGAGAAAUGGCAGUCCAUCAUUACUUUAAGACAUGAAGGUUAGUCAAUACGGAACAUUUCAACAACUUUGAAAGUUUCUUCAAGUGCAGUCGCAAACACCAUCAAGCGCUAUGAUGAAACUGGCUCUCAUAAGGACCACCACGGGAAUGGAAGACCCAGAGUUACCUCUGCUGCAGAGGAUAAGUUCAUUAGAGUUACCAGCCUCAGAAAUUGCAGCCCAAAUAAAUGCUUCACAGAGUUCAAGUAACAGACACAUCUCAACAUCAACUGUUCAGGCCUUCAUGGUCGAAUUACUGCAAAGAAACCACUACUAAAGGACACCAAUAAGAAGUAGAGACUUGCUUGGCCAAGAAACAUGAGCAAAGGACAUUAGACCGGUUCCAACCACCGUGACUUUGUGAGAUGUGGUGUGGGUGAAGGGAUGAUCUCCGCAUGUGUAUUUCCCACCGUAAAGCAUGGAGGAGGAGGUGUUAUGGUGUGGGGAUGCUUUGCUGGUGAUACUGUCUGUGAUCUAUUUAGAAUUCAAGGCACACUUAACCAGCAUGGCUACCACAGCAUUCUGCAGCGAUAUGCCAUCCCAUCUGGUUUGGGCUUAGUGGGACUAUCACACCUCCAGGCUGUGUAAGGGCUAUUUUACCAAGAAGGAGAGUGAUGGAGUGCUUUAUCAGAUGACCUGGCCUCCACAAUCCCCCGACCUCAACCCAAUUGAGAUGGUUUGGGAUGAGUCGGACAGCAGAGUGAAGGAAAAGCAGCCAACAAGUGCUCAGAAUAUGUCGGAUCUCCUUUAAGACUUUUGGAAAAGCAUUCCAGUUGAAGCUGGUUGAGAGAAUGCCAAAAGUGUGCAAAGCUGUCAUCAAGGCAAAGAAUGGCUAUUUGAAGAUUCUCAAAUCUCAAAUAUAUUUUGAUUUGUUUAACACUUUUUUCGUUACUAUAUGAUUCCAUAUAUGUGAUUUCAUAGUUUUGAUGUCUUCACUAUUAUUCUACAAUGUAGAAAAUAGUAAAAAAUAAACAAAAACCCUUGAAUGAGUAGGUGUUCUAAAAGUUUUGACCAGUAGUGUAAAUUUGUGUUGUCAUUAUGGGUUAUUGUGGGUUAAAAUGGGUUAAAAUAGCCCUUAACUCCUGAGUGGCGCAGUGGUCUAAGGCACUGCAUCGCAGUGCUAACUGUGCCACUAGAGAUCCUGGUUCGAAUCCAGGCUCUGUCGCAGCCGGCCGCGACCGGGAGACUCAUGGGCGGCGCACAAUUGGCCCAGCAUCGUCCAGGGUAGGGGAGGGAAUGGCCGGCAGGGAUGUAGCUCAGUUGAUAGAGCAUGGCGUUUGCAACGCCAGGGUUGUGGGUUUGAUUCCCACGGGGGGCCAGUACAAAAAAAUAUGUAUUCACUAACUGUAAGUCGCUCUGGAUAAGAGCGUCUGCUAAAUGACUAAAAUGUAAAAAAAAUGUAAUUGUGUGUAGAUUGAUGAGCGAAAAACAGAAAAAAAGUAAAGGGUCUGAACAGUUUCUGAAUGCACUGUAUAUGAUCACACUGGUAAUAGAUAAUUUGUUGUAUUAUACUGAACAAAAAUAUACUGUAAAUGCAACAUGCAACAAUUUCAAAGAUUUGAAUGAGUUACAGUUCAUAUAAGAAAAUCAGUCAAUUGAAAUGAAUUCAUUAGUCCCUAAUCUAUGGAUUUCACAUGACUGGGAAUACAGAUAUGCAUAUGUUGGUCACAGACACUUUAAAAAGAAAAGUUGGGUUGUGGAUCAGAAAACCAGUCAGUAUCUGGUGUGACCACCAUUUGCCUCCUGCGGCGCGACACAUCUCCUUUGCAUAGAGUUGAUCAAACUGUUGAUUGUGGCCUGUGGAAUGUUGUCCCACUCUUCAUCAAUGGCUGUGUGAAGUUGCUGGAUAUUGGCGGAAACUGGAAAACGCUGUUGUACACGUCGAUCCAGAGCAUCCCAAACAUGCUCAAUGGGGUGACAUGUCUGGUGAGUAUGCAGGCCAUGGAAUAAAUGGGACAUUUUCAGCUUCCAGGAAUUGCGUACAGACCCUUGCGACAUGGGGCUGUGCAAUAUUAUGCUGAAACAGGAGGUGAUGGCGGCGGAUGAAUGGCACGACAAUGGGCCUCAGGAUCUUGUCACGGUAUCUCUGUGCAUUCAAAUUGCCAUCGAUAAAAUGCAAUUGUGUUCAUAGAGUGGCCUUUUAUUGUCCCCAGCACAAUGUGCACCUGUGUAAUGAUCAUGCUGUUUAAUCAGCUUCUUGAUAUGCCACACCUGUGAGGUGGAUGGAUUAUCUUGGCAAAGGAGAAAUGCUCACUAACAGGGAUGUAAAGAAAUUUGUGCAGGACAUUUUAGAGAAAUACGCUUUUUGUGCGAAUAAUUUUCGGGGAUCUUUUAUUUCAGCCUAUGAAAUAUGAGGCUGCCUCACACCCGACUCACCGUCCCUCCGCUCUCCCUCCGCUAAGAAAAAGGGUACACAGUCUCCCAUCUGAUGGCGAAACUCAAGUCGCACUACAUUAUUUCUGCCUCAUGCACCAAUUCAUGUUGUUACUCGUAUGACCAGAGAAAGUGAAAUAUUCCUUGAUAUUAAAAAAGACACAAGCCACUUAUAGUAACAAUGCAAGCUUACAGAACACUUUGCUAUACUCAUUUAUUGCAGCUGCAGCGCUUGUUAUGGCGUCAGUGGAAGUAGGGAGAAAGCACAUUUUAUGGCUUAUAAAACCGACCUAGAAUACCUCACAAUCAAAUGCCGACCAUAUUACCUCCCAAUAGAAUGAUCUUCUGCUAUAGUCACAGCCGUGUAAAUUCCCCAUCAAGCCGAUACCACGGCCCUCAAAGAACUACACUGGACUCUAUGCAAACUGGAAACCAUAUAUCCUGAGGCCGCAUUUAUUGUAGCCGGGGAUCUCAACAAAGCUAAUCUGAGGAAAACGCUACCGAAGUUCUACCAACACAUUGACUGUAGCACUCACUCUGAGAAAACACUGGACCACUGCUACUCAACUUUUCAAAAUGCCUACAAGGCCCUCCCCCGCCCUCCCUUCGGCAAAUCUGAUCACGACUCCAUUUUGCUGCUCCCUUCCUAUAGGCAGAAACUCAAGAAGGAAGUACCCGUGCUACGGACUAUUCAACGCUGGUCUGACCAAUCGGAAUCCAUGCUUCAAGAUUGUUUUGAUCACGCGGACUGGGAUGUGUUCCGGGUAGUCUCUGAGAAUAAUAUUGACGAAUACACGGAUACGGUGACUGAGUUUAUCAGGAAACCGUGGAUAGAUGGCAGCAUUCGCGCAAAACUGAAAGUGUGAACCACCACAUUUAACCAUGGCAAGGUGACUGGGAAUAUGGCCGAAUACAAACAGUGUAGUUAUUCCCUCUGUAAGGCAAUCAAACAGGCAAAACGUCACUACAGAGACAAAGUGGAGUCACAAUUCAACGGCUCAGACACAAGACAUAUGUGGCAGGGUCUAAAGACAAUCACGGACUACAAAGGGAAAACCAGCCACGCCACAGAUACCGACUUCUUGCUUCCGGAUAAGCUAAACACCUUUUUCGCCCGCUUUGAGGAUAACACAGUGCCACCGACGCGGCCAGCUACCAAGGACUGUGGGCUCUCCUUCUCCGUGGCCGACGUGAGUAAGACAUUUAAGCGUGUUAACCCUCGCAAGGCUGCUGGCCCAGACGGCAUCCCUAUCCUCGUCCUCAGAGCAUGCGCAUACCAGCUGGCUGGAGUGUUUAUGGACAAUAUCAAUCUCUCCCUUUCCCAGUCUGCUCUCCCCACGUGCUUCAAGAUGUCCACCAUGGUUCCUGUACCCAAGAAAGUAAAGGUAACUGAACUAAAUGACUAUCGCCCCGUUGCACUCACUUCUGUCAUCAUGAAGUGCUUUGAGAGACUAGUCAAGGAUCAUAUCACCUCUACCUUACCUGACACUCUAGACCCACUUCGAUUUGCUUACCGCCCCAAUAGAUCCACAGACAAUGCAAUUUCCAUCGCACUGCACAUUGCCCUAUCCCAUCUGGACAAGAGGAAUACCUAUGUAAGAAUGCUGUUCAUUGACUAUAGCUCAGCAUUCAACACCAUGGUACCCUCCAAGCUCAUCAUUAAGCUCUGGGCCCUGGGUCUGAACCCCGCCCUGUGUAACUGGGUCCUGGACUUCCUGACGGGCUGCCCCCAGGUGGUGAAGGUAGGAAAUAACACCUCCACUUUGAUGAUCCAUAACACAGGGGCCCCACAAGGAUGCAUGCUCAGCCCCCUGCUGUACUCCCUAUUCACCCAUGACUGCGUGGCCACGCACGCCUCCAACUCAAUCAUCAAGUUUGCAGAUGACACAACAGUAGUAGGCCUGACUUCCAACAAUGACGAGUCAGCCUACAGGGAGGAGGUGAGGGCCCUGAGAUUGUGGUGCAGGAAAAUAACCUCUCUCUCAACGUCAACAAAACAAAGGAGCUGAUCAUGGACUUCAGGAAACAGCAGAGGGAACACCCACCUAUCCACAUCGAUGGGACCGCAGUGGAGAAGGUGGAAAGCUUCAAGUUCCUUGGUGUACACAUCACUGACAAACUGAAAUGGUCCACCCACACAGACAGUGUGAUGAAGAAUGCGCAACAGCACCUAUUCAACCUCAGGAGGCUGAAGAAAUGUGGCUUGGCACCUAAAACCCUCACAAAAUUUUACAGAUGCACAAUUGAGAGCAUCCUGUCGGGCUGUAUCACCGCCUGGUAUGGCAACUGCACCUCCAGGACACCUACAGCAUCCAAUGUCACAGGAAGGCCAAAAAGAUAAUCAAGGACAACAACCACCUGGGCCACUGUCUGUUCACCCCGCUAUCAUCCAAAAGGCGAGGUCAGUACAGGUGCAUCAAAGCUGGGACCGAGAGAAUGAAAAACAGCUUCUAUCUCAAGGCCAUCAGACUGUUAAAUAGCCAUCACUAGCACCUUAGAGGCUGCUGCCCUAUAUACCUAGACUUGAAAUCACAGGCCACCUUAAUAAUGGAACACUAGUCACUUUAAUAAUGUUUACAUAUUUUGCUUUACUCAUCUCAUAUAUAUAUACUGUAUUCUAUACUAUUCUACUGUAUCUUAGUCUAUGCCGCUCCAACAUUGCUCGUCCAAAUAUUUAUAUAUUCUUAAUUCCAUUCCUUUACUUUAGAUUUGUGUGUAUUGUGUGUAUUGUUGUGAAAUUGUUAGAUAUUACUUGUUAGAUAUUACUGCACUGUUGAAGCUAGAAACACAAGCAUUUCACUACACCCGCAAUAACAUCUGCUAAACAUUUGUAUGUGACCAAUAAAAUUAGAUUAGAUUUGAUUUUGACUUAAACAUGAACUUACUCAUAAAAACAGCAGCUCUUUGCUGUAUUCAUUGAGUCGCUCUCUACUCAUGGUUUUAAACGUUUUGAAAUCUCAACUUUGCUGUGCGUUCGUGGCUUCUUUUUACAGUCUAUGGCUCGAGGAAACUGUGCAGACACAGUGAUCUGAGCUAUCUGAUUGGCCAGCGGUAGGCCUAUAGGUGCACUUGAUUUGCUCUCUAGGCCUGCCGGGUAGGCAGAGUUCUAUCUUCAUACACGUGAAAUGGUUCAAAAUGGGAACACUUUGCCUUCCCGGCGCUAGGGCUGCUGAAUCAAGUGCACCUACCGCCAACAGCUCAAAACAAAUUUAAAAAAUAGGAACGCAAUGUUGACUACAUCAUUGGGUUUUUUACAGGAAUGUUUGGUGAUCGACUAGGAAUGCCUAGGAUCGAUCGCGACCAGAUGGUGACCACUGAUCUAAAUGAUUUAAUAGUUCAUGAUAUCUAGUGUGAUCUUAACCACAUCAUUAUCUCGUUCUCUCUCUCUCUCUCUCUCUCUCUCUCUCUCUUGCUCCCUCUCUCCCUCUCCCCCCCUCUCUCUCCCACUCUGUUUUUUCCCGCUGCAGCAUUCAGAGAUGGAGACAGAUGAUAGCGGGGGAUCUAGCCACCAGAAGCAAAAGAUUUCCUUUCUUGAGAACAACCUGGACCAGCUUACAAAAGUUCACAAACAGGUAGGUGGAUGAAUGUGUUGAAUGUGUGGAGCAGAGAGGCCUGGACUCUUGACAAAGUCUCAGAGUAGGAGUGCUGAAAUAGUGAUUAACUGAAUAAGAUUAUAAUAAAAUCUGAUUAUAAUGAAUAACAUUCUAAUAAAAAAAUCUGAUUAUAAUGAAUAAGAUAAUAUGGACAGGUGGACCUGAUCCUAGAUCAGCAGUCUUAUUCUGAUAUGCUCGAUACAUAGGCCCCCUGGGUUGCCUUUUAGAUCAUAAUGAAUUUGAUUAUAAGAACAGCAGGGACCUGAUCUUAGAUCCUAGAUCAGCAGUUCUCCUUUGAGACUCUUUCUGAAUAAAGGUCCUGGCCCUAGUUGUAGCCUGCAUAAAAACUCCUGCCCCUGCUCUACCAAAUUCCAUUUCUAUUCCUCUUUGAAAAAAGUUUUCCAAACGGGUUCUUUGCGGAGGGAUAAGUUCUACCAAGAACUGCUUUGAUCAGAAGAACCCUUUUUGGAAGACAGGGGUUCUUUGUAAGUCAAAGGGUUCUACCUAGAACCUUUAAAAUACUAAGAAACUUUUUUGGAAAAAAGAGGUAAGAAGGAUUCUUUGAAAGUUUCUUCAAGUGCAGUCGCAAAAACCAUCAAGCGCUAUGAUGAAACUGGCUCUCAUGAGGACCGCCACAGGAAAGGAAGACCCAGAGUUACCUCUGCUGCAGAAGAUAAGUUCAUUAGAGUUAACUGCAUCUCAGAUUGCAGCCCAGAUAAAUGAUUCACAGAGUUCAAGUAACAGACACAUCUCAACAUCAACUGUUCAGAGGAGACCGCGUGAAUCAGGCCUUCAUGGUCGAAUUGCUGCAAAGAAACUACUACUAAAGGACACCAAUAAGAAGAAGAGAAUUGCUUGGGCCAAGAAACACUUGCUUGGGCCAAGAAACAUGAGCAAUGGACAUUAGACCAGUGGAAAUCUGUCCUUUGGUCUAAUGAGUCCAAAUUUGAGAUCUUUGGUUCCAACUGCCGUGUCUUUGUGAGACGCAGAGUAGGUGAACGGAUGAUCUCCACGUGUGGUUCUCACCGUGAAGCAUGGAGGAGGAGGUGUGAUGGUGUGGGGGUAGCUUUGCUGGUGACAAUGUCUGUGAUUUAUUUAGAAUUCAAGUCACACUUAACCAGCAUGGCUACCACAGCAUUCUGCAGCGAUACGCCAUCCCAUCUGGUUUGUGCUUAGUGGGACUAUCAUUUGUUUUUCAACAGGACAAUGACCCAAAACACACCUGCAGGCUGUGUAAGGGCUAUUUACCAAGAAGGAGAGUGAUGGAGUGCUUCAUCAGAUGACCUAGACUCCACAAUCCCCAGACCUCAACCCAAUUGAGAUGGUUUGGGAUGAUUUGGACCGCAGAGUGAAGGAAAAUCAGCCAACAAGUGCUCAGCAUAUUUGGGAACUCCUUCAAGACUGUUGGAAAAGUAUUCCUCAUGAAUUUGGUUGAGAGAAUGCCAAUUGUGUGCAAAGCUGUCAUCAAGGCAAAGGGUGGCUACUUUGAAGAAUCUAAAAUAUGACAUAUAUUUUGAUUUGUUUAACACUUUUUUGGUUACUUCAUGAUUCCAUAUGUGUUAUUUCAUAGUUGUGAUGUCUUCACUAUUAUUCUACAAUGUAGAAAAUAGUAAAAAUAAAGAAAAACUCUUCAAUGAGUAGGUGUGUCCAAACUUUUGACUGGUACUGUAAAUAUGUAAUGUAUUGUCAUAAAUAAUUUAAUUUUAAAGGCUAAUACUGUUGGUGGGGUCUACCUGUUCUAUGUAGAACCCUCCAAAGAUAAAAGGGUUCUCGGUAGAACCCUUCAUAGAAAGUUUGGGGAGAACCUUUUAGAUGAUAAAAUGGUUCUUGGUAGAACCUUCCUAGAGGGUUCUAGGUAGAACCAUAUACAGGGGGUUCUUUGAAGAACUCUACAUAUAGUCUACAAGGGGUUCUACCCAGCAACAAAAAGGGUUCCCCAAUGGGGACAAACCGAAGAACCCUGUAUGGUUCUACUUAGCAUCUGUCACGCUCGUUGAUAGACGGUUCAGACCAAGGUGCAGCGUGGUAUGCGUACAUGUUCCUUUAUUUACUGAAUACAGAAUCAAAAUACAAACAAACGUUCAACAGGCUACACAAGCCAAAACAGAAACAAGCUCCCACAACUAAGGUAGGCAAAAUGUCUGCCUAAGUAUGAUCCCCAAUCAGAGACAACGAUCGACAGCUGCCUCUGAUUGGGAACCACACCCGGCCAACAUAGAAAUACAAAAUCUAGAAUUCACACCCUGACCAAACCAACUAGAGAAAACAGGGCUCUCAAGGUCAGGGCGUGACAGCAUCAGGCCUGCAAGCACCUUUUUUUCUAAAAGUACACCUAUGACUUAGUGUUAGAGCACCCGUGAGAGAGUGAAGGGAAUUCAAGUAGAGCAGAAUAAGUAGAAGGGAAUUAUAUUUGUCCUGGCUGUGCUGUUCGUCAUUGCUAUCCUCUGGGUACCAAGUAGAGCCAGCGACAUCAAUCACCCUGUAAUGCAGAACCAGAUGGAAGUCGCUCUGAAAACACAGCAGCAGGAAACGUAAUGUCACCAACUGCUGCUUCUACUGCUGUAAUACAGGUGGCUCUACAGACUGGGUCCAACGGACAGACACACACAGUGCGUGCACACACACAGGAACAUGCUUUCGUAUACAUAUACGCUCACACACACACACUUACAUUUGGUAGAUUUAACUGCUGACUGGCACACACACCAGACCUGGGAUAACUAUAGUUUUAACUAUGCUUUGUGGAUUUUUUUUUUCUUUUUCUGGAGGAUACCACAAAAUGACUACUUUUUAAAACCAUUUGAAUGCAGAUCUCAGAAAGUAACUACUUUUUGUAACUAUUUGAAUACAGAUCUGAGAAAGCAACUACUUAAAAUAAAUAUUUUAAAACAGAUCUCAGGAAGUGACUUAUUUUCUGAAACUAUUGGAUUGGCUGCCUUCAACUAAUGGCAGGGCUGUAUCUGGAACUGCAUGUUGAAGAUAUACAUUGAAUGAAUAGAACACACACAAUCUCCUAUACUAUUCCAAUCUAUCUGACAGUCAUAUUGGAUCUAUACAAUACAUUUAUAUCUGAAUAUUGUGUAAAUGUCCAUUCUCCUGAAUAUCCAUUGCCCCAGGUGACUAUAACAUGCCACUGAAAAGGUUGAAAGCUGCGAUAAAUGUUAUGAUACCUGAAAAUACUGCAGAGUAAUUCCAAAUCAAUUUGCCAACAUUGCAAACAGCAAGUUAGAUGCUUAGCAAAGAAAACUUGGAACCUCCUUGUCCAUCUUAGGAUAAGUGUUCACAGGAUAAGUAUGAGGGUAAGUGUUCACACUAUACCAUCUUUAAAGGGAUAGUUUACUCAGAAUACAAACUAAUAUGAUUUUCCACCUACCUUGGCUGUAGUUGAUUUCCUUUCGAUAAUUAAUAGCCAUAUUUUGUUACUGAUAGCAUUCUCAGUAACACUUAAUAUUAAACUGUUCUUGUGCCUGUGUAAUACAACUGUAAAUAUUUUUGAAGCAACAUUUUAUUAGCAUGUUGUUACAUAAUACUUUGGUGAUUGCAUUUCGAAUUGCAUAGCAAUGAGGUGAGAGUUUUUGUAACUAUUGUACACAAGAGGAAUAGUGACUGUUCCUUAUUCCACUUAUGUAAUUACUCCAUUAUUAUGCAAUUAUAAAGCUUGCUAUUGGAAUCCAGCCAGAGUGAUGAUAUUCAAAAAAAUGAAUCACACACAAUCUGCAUUCAGAAUGACUACUAUACAUUUACAUUUACAUUUUAGUCAUUUAGCAGACGCUCUUAUCCAGAGCGACUUACAGUUAGUGAGUGCAUACAUUUUUAUUUUUUAUACUGGAAUCGAACCCACAACCCUGGCGUUGCAAAUGCCAUGCUCUACCAACUGAGCUACAUCCCUGCCGGCCAUUCCCUCCCCUACCCUGGGCGACGCUGGGCCAAUUGUGCGCCGCCUCAUGGGUCUCCCGGUCGCGGCCGGCUACGACAGAGCCUGGAUUCGAACCAGGAUCUCUAGUGGCACAGCUAGCACUGUGAUGCAGUGGUGAAGAACCAAGACUACCUAAACCAUCUAAACUGGAACAACCAUCUCAGUAACAGGUGCGAUAAGUCCAACCACUUACAGAUUGAAUUAGUUUAGAAAAUUCUAAGUUAUUUAUCUUUAUAUAAUAUAUGAUCAAUUAAUCAAUCAAUGUGGAUGCAGAAACAUAUAAAAACAAACUAUUCUAAAAAUCGACCUGCAGCAAAGCAUGCUGGGAAAUAUGAUAAUGAGGCCCCUCCCAUGUCUUUUUCACACAGAGCGUUAACGGAAAUUAACUCAGCACAGUGGAGUAACAACAACACCACGCGGUGUUGAUUCCACUGUGAUUCAAAUAACACUUCAUUUAUUCACUGCAGGUGGCAUCAAUUUCAAUCCCGCUUGUGUUAAGGCCACUAGAAUCAACACUCAGAUAUAACAAUCAUAACACUUUUUACCUCAACACCAAGAUGUUAACGCCCAUAAAUUUGCUAUCCGGGGAAAGCGCGACAUCAAUGUAAUCCAUUAUUGUUUGUCAUGGAAACACACACACGUGUGCAUUAACCACAGACAACAACUCACCUAUGAGUUUCAACCGCAUAAAGAGCUUUGAGCACCUGGGGAAAACACUACAUAAAUUCAAUGCAUUAUUGUUUGUUCUUGUGCUGGAAUUGAAAGGGUAUGCGGGGUAUGUCAUAUCCCUUGUUAGAAAAAAUUGCAAAAAGCAUACCCUUUGUUAGCUUGAACAUUUUAAGGGUAAAAAAAUGUAUCCCAAUUAUACAGUGCAUUCGGAAAGUAUUCAGACCCCUUGACAUUUUCCAAAUUGUGUUAUGUUACAGCCUUAUUCUAAAAUGGAUUAAAUUGUUUUUUCCCUCAUCAAUCUACACACAAUACCCCAUAAUGACAAAGCAAAAACAGGUUUUUUGAAAUAUCACAUUUACAUAAGUAUUCAGACCCUUUACUCAGUACUUUGUUGAAGCACCUUUGGCAGCGAUUACAGCCCGAGUCUUCUUGGGAAUGAUGCUACAAGAUUGGCACACCUGUAUUUGGGGAGUUUCUCCCAUUCUUCUCUGCAGAUCCUCUCAAGCUCUGUCAGGUUAGAUGGAGAGCAUCGCUGCACAGCUAUUUUCAGGUCUAUCCAGAGAUGUUAGAUCGGGUUGAAGUCCGGGCUCUGGCUGGGCCACUCAAGGACAUUCAGAGAAUUGUCCCGAAGCCACUCCUGCGUUGUCUUGGCUGUGUGCUUAGGGUCGUUGUCCUGUUGGAAGGUGAACCUUUGCCCCUGUCUGAGGUCUUGAGUGCUCUGGAGCAGGUUUUCAUCAAGGAUCUCUCUGUACUUUGCUCCGUUCAUCUUUCCCUCAAUCCUGACUAGUCUCCCAGUCCCUGCCGCUGAAAAACAUCCCCACAGCAUGAUGCUGCCACCACCAUGCUUCACCGUAGGGAUGGUGCCAGGUUUCCUCCAGACGUGACACUUGACAUUCAGGCCAUAGUUUCUGAUGGUCAGUCCUUUAGGUGCCUUUUGGCAAACUCCAAGCGGGCUGUCAUGUGCCUUUUACUGAGGAGUGGCUCCCGUCUGGCCACUCUACCACAAAUGCCUGAUUGGUGGAGUGCUGCAGAGAUGGUUGUCCUUCUGGAAGGUUCUCCCAUCUCCACAGAGGAACUCUGGAGCUCUGUCAGUGUGACCAUCGGGUUCUUGGUCACCUCCCUGACCAAGGCCCUUCUCCCCCGAUUGCUCAGUUUGGCCUGGCGGCCAGCUCUAGGAAGAGUCUUGGUGGUUCCAAACUUCUUCCAUUUAAGAAUGAUGGAGGCAACUGUGUUUUUGGGGACCUUCAAUGCUGCAGAACAUUUUGGAUCUGUGCCUUGACACAAUCCUGUCUCGGAGCUCUACGGACAAUUCCUUCUACCUGUGGCAAGCAGUUAACUUUUUGUCCUGAAUUAUGUUUGUGGCAAAUCCAAUACAACACUUUACUGGCUUCAUCAUGUUAUGGCUUGUAAUAGUUAAGGACUGGAGGGUUUUUCAAGAUAAAAACAGAAAUGGAAUGGAGCUAAGCACAGCCAAAAUUCUAGAGGAAAACUUGGUUCAGUCUGCUUUCCACCAGACACUGGGAGAUUAAUUCACCUUUCAGCAGGACAAUAACCUAAAACACUUGGCAAAAUCUAUGCUGGAGUUGAUUACCAAGACGACAGUGAAUGUUCCUGAGUGGCCGAGUUACAGAUUUAACUUAAAUCUAUUUGAAAAUCUAUGGCAAGACCUGAAAAUGGUUGUGUAGCAAUGAUCAACAACCAAUUUGACAGAACUUGAAGAAUUUUGAAAAAAAAAUUAUGGGCAAAUGUUGCACAAUCCAAGUGUGCAAAGCUCUUAGAGACUUACCCAAAAAGACUCACAGCUGUAAUCGCUGCCAAAGUAUUGACUCAAAAGAAAAUAAGAAAAAAAAGGAUUGACUCAGGGGUGUGAAUACUUAUGUAAAUGAGCUAUAGCUGUAUUUCAUUUUCAAUACAUUUGAAAAGAUUUCUCAAAACAUGUUUUCACAUUAUGUGGUAUUGCGUGUAGACGGGUAAAUUGUAUCCAUUUUGAAAUCAGGCUGUAACACAACAAAAUGUGGAAUAAGUCAAGAGGAACGGAUACUUUGUGAAGGCAUUGUUUAUCUGAACUGUUUUUCCUAAGGCCCCCUUAGGAGGAGAUGAAGAAGAGAAUGAAUUAUUGAGACUUUCAUGAGACAAAUAAGCUUUGAUUGAGACUUACAUUUGAGAAGUAUGAGAAAUAGAUGAGAUCUUAUCAUUGUAUCCUCAUGAGCUCAUUCAUGUAUCAUUCACUGCUCCAGAAAAGCCUCUUUUUUUUUUUUGCUUCAAGGAGAUAUGUACAGGAAGAGCCAGCUCGGAGCAUUUGGAGUCAUAACUGAGGCAUAAUGUUUUUUGUGCAUGCAUUAAACACAUUAACUUUCAAGAAUCAUGACAACAGAUUAUUUAAUGUUAACACCUUUUAAUGUUUAUUGUUUUUCUAACAUUGUCUAACCACAUACGAAAAAAGUAACUGGGAAGAUGUUAGAUUGCUUGUAAUACAAAAAUAACAAAAUAGUCAAAAUAUGGCCUUGUCUAAAUAGGUGUGAAAUUGAAAGUGCUGUCAUUUAAAGCAUGAACACUGAAAUAGAUGAUUGAAAACAUCUUACAUGUGUCAAAAUGGACUCGGGGUUCACCUGAAAUGCAGCUAAACCCAUAUAAAAUGACAUUAUUUAUUAGGGUUGUCGCGAUGCCAAAUUUUACCCACAAAACAAUGCCACGCCAAAGUAUCACGAUACCAAGGCAAAACCUUUUUGUCACUGAUAUUCACAUCUCGUAUAACACUGAAUUUUACCUCACAUUAUUCACAGACUGUGGUAGCUGCUGUGGUUGUGUGAGUGGUGGUUACAGUGUCUGCCGUGGCCUCUGGAGCCCAGGCUGUUCCGUCUGUAGACCCUCUCUCUCGCUCUGUGUGGUGCGAGUGGUGUGAAUACUUGGAGGAAGAGUUGGCCUCCUGGUAAGAUUACCUUCUAGAGACGAUCCCACCUGCACCAUACUGCCCUCCUGAAUCCCUGUCCCGCUCUCUGUCCCUGUCUGCCUGGGGUGCAUCCCAGGGUGGUGUGCCAUGAGCUGUCCAGCCCCCCCAGCAUUAGGAUAUGUAAGGUAGAGCGGGGGCUCGUUAGGACGGAAGGGUGCAGUAGGGGGGUUUGUGGGGCGACCCCUGUGAUAGGGGUCUUGAGGAGGGGCCUCUGGGUAACUGGGAGCUUUGUAGGCCUAUGCCCCGACUAAGGAAGAGACAGCAGAGGAGGAGCAGGGAGAGGAGGGCAACAUGUCCUGGGGAGGGUAGCCACUGGCCCAGCGCUGUAUCCAACAUGUCUGACAGAAACACAAUGGUAGAAAGAUGGUUUCAAAAAAUACAAGUUUACACAUUGAAUAUUGUGAACCUAAUGAAUAGAAAAAUAUAUAUUUGGAUAAUUGCUCAACUCUAACUGAGCUGUUAUGCUAGUCUCUCUAGCCUCCCACAAUUUUCAAAUGCUCCCUUAACAGCGUCUGUAUGUAAUAGAACAUCAGUUUGGCAUAGAGGAACUACAUCACUGCCUUAUCUGCUUGAAUAAAAUACAAAAUAGUAGCUAGCAAGAUAGAGAUCCCAGAGGUUAUUUUUACUUAGUGUAUUUCGCAAGUGUCGAGUUUGCAUCAACUACCUCCACUAAAACCAUUGCAAAGGUUUUGCCUGCAAAUUUUGGUUUUGAAUUGCGACAUUUUGACAUUGUCUGCCUCGUGAUUUGUUGGGAGUGUUCUGUCUGAAGAGAACCCAUCCCGGAACAAUUGUCUAUCCCUUAUAGAAUUUGCCAAAAGAGUCUGUUAUUGAAACCAGACCUUAAUCACUUGCCUAGGGUCAGGUUUUCAUGACUACCUCAUGUUAUAAUUUUUUUUAAUGAUCUUCCAAAGACCCCAUAAAUUUCACCAGUGACAAAAUAACUUUUGUUUCCUGAGAGGGAACUUUAUGUGUGGUGACAUGACAGACUGACCUGGCAACAGCGUAGGCCGAGUCCUGUGAGAACGGAGUCCCGGAGCGAAGGGUGUAGGGCGUUCCUCCUCCCUGGGAGGAAACAGAGGAGCCUGGAGUGUAGUGGGGCGUGUCUAGACACUGCUCACUGAAGCCUGUCUCCACAGAACAGGGGGUGGUGUUCCCGGAGUUGAGUGCCAGCAUCCCUGCAGCUAAGGCUGCAGCCAGGCCAUCUAUCUUAGAGGACAGCCUCCUCCUGAUAUCUGAAGACUGCACAGAAACAAUGGGAAGAGAGGAUUAGAUACAUUACACAAAAGCAUGAGGGACCAUAAAGGCCGUCCUGCUCCUCCUCUCUACCUAACUUUCCCUCGCAGUCCCCUUAGUUUCACUUAGUCCCUUAGUUUGCUGUUCAUGCAUUUUACACAUUUAUCAUAAGAUAUACCCUAUACAUAUUGGCACUGAGAGUUUAACACUAAAUAGACACUUGCUAAAUACAAAUGUCACAAUUCCAGAGGUAACAAUGCACAAACAGUCUAUUUUAGCUCCCUACAAACAGUUAUUGUGCUUAAGUUGCUUCCAGAGGCAGUUUGGAACUCGGUAGUGAGUGUUGCAACCGAGGACAGGCGAUUUUUACGCGCUACGUGCUACAGCACUCAGCGGUCCCGUUCUGUGAGCUUGUGUGGCCUUUCACUUCGCGGCUGAGCCGUUGUUGCUCCUAGACUUUUCCACUUCACAAUAACAGCACUUACAGUAGACCAGGGCAGCUCUAGCAAGGCAGACAUUUUACUAACUGAUUUGAUGGAAAGGUGACAUCCUAUGAUGGUGCCACAUUGAAGGUCACUGAGCUCUUCAGUAAGGCCAUUCUACUGCCAAUAUUUGUCUAUGGCAGUGUUCUUCAAUUCCGGUCCUGGAGGGCCGAAACACUUCUGUUUUUUAUUUCUACCUCGUAGUUAAUUGCACUCACCUGGUGUCCCAGGUCUGAAUUAGCCCCUGAUUAGAAGGAGAGAAUGAAAAACAGAGGUGUUUCGGCCCUCCAGGACCGGAAUUGAAGAACCCUGGUCUAUGGAGUUGCAUGGCUGUGUGCUUGAUUUUAUACACCUGUCAGCAACAGGUGUGGCUGAAAAAGCCAAAUCCACUAAUUUGAAGGGGUGUCCGUAUACUUUUGUAUAUAUAGUGUAUAUUCCUAUAGUGAAUAUUAGGUGCGUUGUUAUCCUCAGGCUAUUUUUCUCUCUCUUUUCUCUCUCUUUUCUCUCCAGUUGGUACGUGACAAUGCAGACCUGCGUUGUGAGCUUCCUAAGCUGGAGAAGCGUCUUCGGUCUACGGCUGAGAGAGUGCGGGCGUUGGAGGGUGCACUGAAAGAGGCUAAGGAAGGGGCCAUGAAGGACCGAAGACGCUAUCAACAGGAAGUGGAGAGGAUCAAAGACGUUAUGAGGGCCAAGAACCCCCUCCGCAGGCCACAUGCUGCCCAGAUAGGUAAUAAUACGGACACACACACACAGGCACGGGCAUCAACAUCCACGCAUGCACACCACUCAGGUAGGUAACUCACACACAAUGAUGGUGAUGAUGAUGAUGAUGACAAUGUAUUUUUUAUUUUUUUAUUUUUGACUAACCCUGCCUCCCCUCCCAUAAUUGGAGUAAACUAAUGAACAACAACACUUAGGUUUCUUCUUCCAGCUUAUACAUAGUAUAUACAUUUUACGGACACAAUCUAUUUUACAAUAGUUAUCUUUUGUUUGUUUUUACUCCUGUCCUUCUGCUAUCUUCAACCCCUUCCCAUCUAUUUCUGAAGACCAUCCAGUUUGAUUUCUAUUUGCCAUAUAUUUCUAGCUGUGCUGUUUCAUUAAAGUUCUGAACCUAUAUACAUUUUACAGACACAGUAUAUUUUUCAUUAGUUAUCUUGUUUUUAUUAGUCCCACCCUUCACCUCCACUCAACCCCUCCCACCUAUCUCUUAACACCAUCCAUAUUGGAUUUCUAUUUGCCAUAUAUUUUACAGCUGUGCUGUGAUGUUUCACAAAGGUUCUGAACCUUUCUAUAGUUUCUACGGAUUGUAAAUUAAAGAUAAAAUGUUUUUCUAAAAGUAUUAUUAUAUUAUUGAUCGAUUGACUAUGACUUUUCAGAUCACCUAUCUGUAGGGUUAGCUCCAGGUAAAUAUUGCAAUCCUUCAGCCAUUCCUGGAUCUGUGACCAAAAGCAAGCUACAAAUGGACAGUACCAAAACAAAUGAUCUAAUAAUUCUGUCUCUUCAUAGCAAAAUCUGCAGAGCCAUGAUGAUGACAGUGAUGAUUUUGAUACCAACGUUGCUAUGUUCUCUUCCCAGCCAAGCCGGUCCGUCCGGGCCAGUUUCCGCUCUGCUCCCCCACCAACCCGUGGGUUCGCGUUACUGAACAGCAGCACUCCAUCCAUUUUAGUAACGCCAUGUUCCAGACCCCCAGCCAGACAGCUAGCCAUCACAGCAGCCACCCUGCUGCUCCCCCAGCUACAGCACCAAACUCCAACCCCACCCAGACCAACAAUCACCACUCCACUGAGACCAGCCUCCAUCAGACCAAGACGUGAGUACAAACGUAGGAACGGAGCUCUCUGUGUAUGAGCUUAUAAUUAAACUAUUAUUAUUAUUAUAAAUACUGUACAUUCAUAUGACUAGAUGACUGAUGGGCCUCUGUCUGUCCUGUAGGCUGCCAGCUGAGCCACCCAACACCACCACAGUAGACAACGGCACAGUAAAGGACUCUACAGUGCAGAAGACUGCAGUGGAAAACCCAGCAGUGGACAAUGCCUCCACAGUGGAUAAUUCCCCAGUGAAGCACCCUACAGAGAAGAACACUUCAGAAAAGGGCACUACAUUGAAGAACCCUACAGUCAACUCUACAGAUACGGUGGAUGUGGACAGCGUCAACGGUAAGGUUAACAGUAUUCAAUGUUCCCCACUUUGACCCACUCCUCACUCGGUCUGCUCCAUAGAAAUACAGUAGAUUUAAUUAGUGUAAUUCUAUUUCUAUGGUCUGCUCUCCUCACUGUUCACUAUACACUGGUCUGACUGCAUCCUCACCCCUGACACCUGCUUCAUCCAUCCACAGGGAACACUACAGAUAUCAAUGACAACAGGUAAGACUGCCCACCACCGUCACAGACCUGGCUGCCGUUAUGUAUUGGAUCCCCCUGCAGGCCUGUACUAUACCAUGCUACUGUGUGGCAUGCUUGAUAACAGGGUUGUUCCACAAAAUUAGUGCUUUUGUGUCCCUUUGAUAUUUUAAGUAAAGAUUGUGGACAAAUAUUGAAUUCUAAAAGCCUGUUAUAUUAAAUUAAGUGCCUUUUAAUAUAGACUACAUGGACAAUUCCAUAAAUAAAGACUUGCUAAAGUGCAUAAAUUCAGCAUUUUGACAUGUGCAUCCUCUGUGACUUCUAGUAAGACUUUAACCCACUUAAUACCAACAUUUAUCCAUAUUAGCAUUUUUUUGCGCAUCAUGUCCAAAUCAUCCAAAAGUAUCUAAAAUGUAUUGUGAAGCUCAACAUAGUCAUUUACGGAUGAUUUGAACAUGAUGCGCAAAAGAAUGCUCAGAUCGGUCCUAUGACUUGAAUGGGAUUUGUGCCAUAAAUGCUAACAUUUUAGCAUGUGGAAACAAUGCCAGGGAAACUAAACCAAAUCAUGGAUUGCUGUCAUACCUUGUCCGUAGACUGAUUACAGGGUAAGGAAAUCAAUAUGUAAUUUUGUAAUUUGGGUUAACUAACCUCUUGAGAUGGGAAAACAUGUUUUUUAUUAAGAACGUGCUCUCUGUGACAGAUUGUUAAAAUAAUGUUUUUUUCCCCACCAAGUUACACUACUCAAAAGGCACCUAAUUGGUAGAACGACACAUCAAUGAAUAAUAAUUGAUUGGAUUUAUAUAGCUAGUCUUUUUGUAGAUGCUCAAAUACUAUAAUGUAGCCUACCUGGAACGCAGACAAUAACUUUCAAAGCAUUAUUACAUCUCAUUAAAGAUUAUUUAAAUUGUAUGCCUUAUGCCUCACUGCCUCCCUUCCCUUAACUGCUAUGCUGUACUGCUGCAGCCUACCUUCCUGACUGCCUCCCUUCCCUUCACUGCUAUGCUGCACUGCUGCAGCCUACCUUCCUGACUGCCUCCCUUCCCUUAACUGCUAUGCUGUGCUUCCUGACUGCCUCCCGCUUGCCCUGCCCUGCCUGGUGUUGCAUAGCGUGUCUCUGAGUGUCCACUCUGCUGUUGCUGUUUCCAGGAGUGAUGUGCAGCACUGCGACAACCAGAACCAGGACAACCUAGCCAAGCUGUACCACGUCAUCCAGCCAGAACAGACUGCCAGCUAGUGACCCAGCUCGUUAGGUGAGGAGGGGGAGGGAGAAUAUUAAAUAUUGAAUGAGUAUGUCAUAACAGACAUAAUCUAAGAUGGCAGAUUCUUUUCCUUGUGUAUUUCUCUCUCUCUCUCUCUCUCUCUCUCUCUCUCUCUCUCUCUCUCUCUCUCUCUCUCUCUCUCUCUCUCUCUCUCUCUCUCUCUCUCUCUCUCUCUCUCUCUCUCUCUCUCUCUCUCUCAUGCUGAAUUCCAAAUGGCCAGAGAGCCCCUAAUAUACCCCCUAUUGGGUAGAAUUAUGCUUAUUAGUAUGGCUUCAUCUUGCCUUCUAGUUGGCUGGGUGGACAUAAGGAGUUGGACUAUGGAUAUGUCCCAAAUGGCACCCUAUUCUCUAUGUAGUGCACUACUUUUAACCAUAAGGCUCUGGUCAAGAGUAGUGUACUAUACAGGGAAUAUGGUGCCAUUUGGGACGCAGCCUCUGAGUUAAUUUCAGCAUUAGACGCCAGCUGAGUCUAGUGAAAUUCAACGCCACAGUUCUUCCCACUCACAAUAAAGACUAUAUUAUCAGAUAUAAUCAAAGCCUGCAGGCUAAUUUGACUCACUGCCUUGUUUAUUUUUUGCUCUCUCCUUCUUCUCUCCAGGUGUCCGGUUCUGCCAAGACCUCCCUCAUAAAUCCGCAUGCUGCUGAUCAGCGACCCUCUGAUCACCCCUCUUCAUCCCCCUCCCCUCUUUCC